AUGGAAAACAUGUUAUUCGAUCACGAAAUCAAAAAUGAAAGCUUUAUUCCUUUUAUUUUAUUUUUGAUUGAAGUGCGUGACAUUGUUUUAGCCAAAUUUUCAAACUUAAGCAAUAAGGAAAUUUCAAAUUAUAUUUUUAAAUUAUGGAUGCAAUUACCUGAAGGUUCAAAAGCAAAAUAUAAAAAGAUGAUAACUGAUAUGAGAAAAAAUCCAGAUAUUUCAAGUGUUUUACCUGCACAAAAAAAAAGAAAAUUUUCUGAUAAUUUUUGUCCACACCCACAAUAUUUAGUACAAAAUAGUAAUUUAAUAAGAACGAUCCUUUCUUGCACUCUUCCUCUUUCAAUUGUUAAAAAUAAUGAAUUUAGACAAUUUUGUAGUUCACUUGAUUCAAGAUUUACACUUCCCAAUUGUGAUAGUAUAAGAGCCUCAAUUAUUAAUGCUUAUAAUCAAAUGAACAAACUCAUUCAAAAUAAGAUAGUAGAAACUGCCCAGUUUGUGGCACUUUCUGUAGAUUUUUGGUCACACUCUUAUAUUGGAGUAACUUGUCAUUGGAUUACACAUGAUUUCAAAUUAAUCGAUGUCAUUCUUGAAGUAAUGAAGAUUCCAGAAGAUCAUGUUGCAACGGAAUUUUUUGAAAAAUUCCAACUUCUAUUAUCUAAACUCGGAUUAGUUCAUGAAAAUAUUGUUAGUAUUACUAGUGACAAUAAUAAUGUAAAAACAGCUUUGUCACAAAUGCAAAUUGAAAUUAUUCCAUGUUUAGCAAAUAUUUUACGAGUAAGCGUUGAAGCGGGAUUGCAAUGUGCUAAUGACAUUUUAAACAAGUCAAAAAAGUUAUGUGAAAUUUUAAACAAUGAUACGAAUCGCCGAAAAUUAAUAGACAUUCAACAGCAAAUUGAUCUAAGAAUUAAAGAGUCAUUAGACGUUAUAGAUAUUGGAGAAGAUUGGUAUUCGACUUAUCAAGCCAUUCGACAUCUA